AUGUCUCGACGUGUAUUGUGGGAAUCGGUUCGGCAGGAGGCACGUAGCAGGGUUGAAGGCGUCAAUGCAUCACCCAUCAGCACGAAUGGAAUAAUAGAGGCACGAGAUAAAAGUGAUGGUUUGAUUACAUACGAGGAAGGUGGAGGCGUCAGCGGCGUUGCAAACGAUAAUGAAGGGGGAUCUCACGGUAAAAUCGGGAAUAUGGCCACAGUGUCACAAGAGAAUCGGGAUACACAAAAUCAUGCAACUGGUUCACACGAUAGCAUAAUCGCCAGUUGUGAUAUUAGUUGCAUUCCAAAAGAUAAGCACGAGUUGCACGGGCCUCCUUCGCACCUUUCACGUUGUGGAUCAUCUCCUGAAGCUGAAGGAAAUUGUUCCGCUACCGCAGACCCAACGCAGUCGCAUUUAACGGAUCUGGCUAUUUCUGUGCUGCUGGAAACGGGAGGGGAUACACAUCAAGACAAGGGUUACAAUACGGGGCUUGAUGUAAACAACAGCCGCUUCAAUAGUUCGGCUACAAACAACAUACAUCGAGAGCUGGCGCAGGAAAAACAAAAAAACAUUGCUGCUGAGCAACGAUUGCUGACGCUGGAGAAGAAAAUCAGGGCCCUGCGCGAGGAGAAUCAGCAUUUACUACUUUCUUCCGCCACAAAUGCAACUGACAGGAAGAUGAUGAAGGGCGCGACUUCGGCUUACGCUGAGGGUGAAGUUGUUGGCCAUGGUGUGCAACGUGACUUUGCGGAUGAAGUUACAGACACAGCUGGGGAAGAGCUACUAGCACUGAAGCGGCGUUGUGAUGAGUUGGAGGUUCGGCUCGGUGAAUUAACGGCACAGGUGCGACAGAAGGACCAAGAAUUAGAGCAGAAGGAAAAUCGAAUAAGGCAAUUAGAGCACAUAAUUGCCAACGAUCUAAUUCGCCGAUCAGCGGAUGUGAACAAAGAAGAGAAUACUCAAGGCAGAAGUGAGGGGGUCGGCCGCAGCUCCCCAAAAGUUGAAUUUAGUGUGAAAAAAGACGUACCCGGGAAGAAGAACAGCUCAACCCAAGGAACAAACGGUGUAGUGAGUAGAGAAUCACCAACGACAGCCGCUGCCCGCGAGACGGCUUCGUCCACAGCUGCAGCUCCACCCGGAUUGAACUUAGGGGACUUGCGUUCAGUCGAGGCUCUGCAACGACUGUUACUGUCCAGCAUUGAGGCUACUAACUUAUUGGUCGAUAGUUCAAGAGUGUCUAAAGGAAAGGAAAUGGAUACCUUAUCGGUGCCCUCCUCCCUCACGCACGGGUCGUCGCAUCUUGCCGAAGGGUACACGCGUGUGAGUACUUCAGAUGUCAAGCAGCGUCCCCUCCGCGUAGUGAGACAAGGGGAAAUAGUAAGCCAUUCAGCGACCUCUAGAGCUUCAUCAGCUGCAGGUGUGCGUGCGUCUCCCAGUCGCCAUGGAGCGAGACACCGCGCCUCCUCCGUCCCCGGAAGGUGCAGUGAGUCGCGUGCCUCUUCAGUGAGGGCAAUUCGACAGAGAGGACCAUCGAGUGAUUCGCCCAUGCGAGAAGCAGCGAUGUUUGCGCGUAUAUCAAGCGCCCCCGGGUGUAGCAAAGCAACUUCGUCUCUCUCUUCACGUCGCCCUCCGACCCAAAAGCUUCUCAGUGGUCGCAUUCCGUUACGCUCCACAGAACUCUUUAGCAAUGUGACCCAUAUGAACCGCUUCUCACAGUACCAGAAUGCUCGACGAACCUCGCGCCCGGACGCAUGUGCAUCCGCCGCCUCGCCAAAAAGUAGCUGCUCGACGAACAAAUCAAACGGCCGAGCUCCGAACGUGAAAAAAUAUGUUACACCUAGGGCCCGUGCUCGACCACGAAUUGGCGUCGAGGCCACAGCCAGGAGUUUAAAAUGCUCACCUCCACAGAAGCCUAGUACAACGGUCAUCACCCGCGUUGAAAAGCAACGUGAAAGAACUCCACCAACACCUGUUCGCCGGGCAGAAUAUGUGAAAGAGGUGUUAUCACAAGACCCAUUUGUGUCUGAAAUGUUUAAAACAACUUACCGACCCAACCGACUGGUGCGGUGCAGCAAAGAGGAAGGGGAAAGUGUAUGA